AUGUCGAAUUCUCGAAGUGAUGGUUUACAUAGGGCUAUUCGAGGCCCAGAGCUAGAUCCUUCAUCUGAUGAGUCACGAUAUCCUGUGCCAGAGCAUGUACCAAUAGAGGCACCUAGUCAGGAUUUCUUCCGGCAGUUUAUGGCUGCAAUGAUGCCUCAACAUAGGAGUUUUAUUGAUGUUGUGAUGCGGCAUAACCCGCCAACAUAUUCUGGUUGCGUAGAGCCUGGAGUUCUUGAGUUCUGCGUUGAGAAGAUGGAAAAGAUAUUUCGUGUUGUUCAGGUUCCACCAGGUCAACGAGCCAAUAUAGGGGCUUAUUUCUUGGAAGGUCGAGCAAAUCGGUGGUGGUUAGGUGAGGAAGCUGCGGGAGUGGACCAAGUGGAUAUGACUUGGGAUGAGUUCAAAGCAAAAUUAAAAGCUAGGUUUAUACCGUCACAUGUUCGAAAAGCAAAGAAGCAAGAGCUGCUGGACUUGAAGCAGGGUUCGAUGUUAGUCGAGGACUAUUUUCAGAGGAUUCAAGAAGCUUUAGUUGUGUUGGAUAACAAUUCGUUGUAUGAGGCUUACGAGCGUGCUGCUCGAUUCUAUCAGAAGCAGGAAGUCAGACAGAAGGGCAUUGAGAAGGAAAUGGGGUAUCAACAUCAGUUUCGAGAUAAAGGAAAAGCUAAGGUGGAGGACGAACCAAAGGGUAAAAAUAAAUGGUGGCAAAUAUUCAGGUCUGGGCCAUCGUAUAAGGGGAUUUUGAUUAAAGAACCAAGUCAAGAGAGUGGUCAUAUUACCAGCCUAUGCCCAAGUGCGGUAACUGCAAAGGAGUUUCCAGAACCGAGAUUUAGGCCAUGGCAGCAGCCGUCUUCACAGUCACAGGGGAGAGGAUUAGGACCAUCAUGUAUUGGGGGAGUUGAUUUUGCUACUAACUUGUUGAGUAUGAAGUUAUCCGAGUUCGAUGUGAUACUUGGGAUGGAUUGGUUAAUGGCAUAUCAAGCUCAAUUUGAUUGUCGAAAAAGAUCAAUUUCGUUGGGGUAUCCGGUGUAUCUGUGUGAGGUAAGAGAUUUGAAGCAAGGGGAGCAGCGAUUGCAAAAUAUUCUUGUGGUUCGUGAUUUUCCUGAUGUAUUUCCUGAUGAUAUUCCUGGUAUGCCACCAGCUCGUGAGAUGGAUUUUACUAUUGAUAUUGUGUCAAGCGCCGAGCCAGUAUCAAGAGCCCCACAUCGCAUGGCACCGUUAGAACUACAGGAAUUACUGGAUAAAGGUUACAUUCGUCCUAGUACGUCGCCUUGGGGUGCUCCAGUUUUAUUUGUGAAAAAGAAAGAUGGAAGCUUGAGGUUGUGUAUUGACUACCGUGGGCUGAAUAAAGUAACGGUAAAGAACAAAUAUCCUCUUCCGAGAAUUGAUGAUCUAUUUGAUCAACUGAGAGGUGCAAGUAUAUUCUCCAAGAUUGACUUGAGGUCUGGAUAUUAUCAACUAAGGGUUGCAGAGUAUGAUAUUCCUAAGACAACUUUUCGUACUAGAUAUGGCCAUUAUGAAUUUACGGUUAUGUCCUUUGGCUUGACCAACGCCCCGGCUGUGUUUAUGGAAUUGAUGAAUCGAAUUUUUCAACCAUACGUUGAUCAGUUUGUGGUGAUAUUUAUCGAUGAUAUCUUGGUAUAUUCUCCAGAUAAAAAGACACAUGCAAAACAUUUGCAUGUUACCCUAAAUACACUGCAUGCGAGGAAGUUAUAUGCCAAGUUAUCCAAGUGUGAGUUUUGGUUGAAAAAGGUUGCUUUCUUGGGGCAUGUAUUUUCUGGUAAGGUAUCUUAG